AUGGCAUCCAACAUCAUCCCAAUCAAAGUCUGGGGCAAAAGCGGUCCCAACCCCCCCAGAGUAGCCAUCGUUCUCGAAGAACUCGGCCUUCCACACGAGUUCCAACCCAUCACCCUCGCCGAGGUCAAAAACGCAGAGUACCUCGCCAUCAACCCGAACGGCCGCCUCCCAACGAUCUACGACCCAAAUACGGACCUCACGCUGUGGGAAUCCGGCGCCAUCAUCGAGUACCUCGUGGAGCGGUACGACACCGCGCGCAAGAUCAGCUUCGAGCCCCACUCGAAGGAAGCCCAGCUGGCGCGACAGCCCAUGCAGGCGUGCUGGUUCAAGAAGUUCCACCCGGAGCGGGUUCCCAGUGCGAUGGAGCGGUAUGUGAAGGAGAUUAACCGGGUGACGGGGGUGGUGAAUGAGUUCUUGAGUAAGCAGGAGACCGGGGAAGGGGGGCCGUGGUUGGUUGGGGGACGGGUUUCGUUUGCGGAUUUGGCGUGGGCUAGUUGGCAGAUUACGGUGACCAAGUUUAUUCAGGAGGAAGAUGGGUAUGAUGUGAAUAACUUUCCUGUUGUGAAGGAUUGGUUGGAUCGCAUGUUGGCGCGGGAGCCGGUGAGGAAGGUGAUUGAAGAGGCUCGGAAGCUGUAG